UUCCUUCACGUGUUUCAGAAUUUGUUUACAAUUUUCAGUCCACGACUUAUACUUUAAAAAUGAAGCCAUUCGAGGUGCCUCCUUGGGAAAAGGGAGCAGAGAUCAUCGAAUUCAAGUCCGUGACGCCAGCGGGGAAUGGAGUGGCAGCCGCCAAAAAGCCAAAGAAGAAGAAACCAAAGAAGAAAAAGGCCAAACCGGCGGAGGUCGCAGCGAAGAAACCUGCGAAUGGAAAGUUCAACUACCGGCAGGGUGGUGGUCCUCUGGCCCCGCCACCGGACUCCGCAUCCUCGGAUGAUGACGAUGUGGAGGACGGAAUCCGGGCCAUGCACAAGGUGAGAACUGGAAGGAUCGAGAAACAGCGUCCCUCCACACAGGCCACUAAGGGCGGCAAGAAGCAGCUGAAUCUGAAGCCAGAACUCGCUCAGGCGGCUGUGGAGGCCAUGGAGACGGCACCCGCUUCGGCUGCCGCCACACCCUCUUCGUCGUCGCUGGCCAGCAAACUGCAGUCGGAGCUGUUGGGUGGACGGUUCCGGUACAUCAACGAGCAGCUCUAUUCGGUGACCAGUCGCAAGGCGGCCGCCCUCUUCCGCCAGGAUGCCUCCGCCUUCGAGGCCUACCACGCGGGCUACCGCCAGCAGGUGGAGAAGUGGCCCACUAACCCUCUCACCCGCAUCAUCAAAACCCUCAAGCGCCUGCCCAAAACCGCCAUAAUCGGAGACUUUGGCUGUGGCGAGGGCAAGCUAGCCCAGUCGCUGCCCAACAAGGUCUACUCCAUGGACUUGGUGGCAGCCAGGAGCGACAUCAUCGCCUGCAACAUCACUGAAACUCCCCUGCAGGCUCAGUCCCUGGACGUGGCCGUCUAUUGUCUGUCACUGAUGGGCACCGACCUGAACGAGUUCUUCCUGGAGGCCAACCGAGUGCUCAAGCUGCACGGCAGCGUCUACAUAGCGGAGAUCCAGUCCAGAUUCGAGGAUGUUCGGGAGUUUGUGCGUUGCCUGGCAGCCUGCGGCUUCGAUCUCAUCAAGAAGGACGUGGCUGUGAACUACUUUUACUUCUUCCAGUUCAAGAAGAUGCGUCAUGUGCCCAAGACCACCAAGCUGAAGUCGUUCUCCCUGAAGCCAUGCCUGUAUCGGAAGCGAUAAGGUCAGACAGGCUGCCAGAUUUUAGACGAUUGGAUAAAAGUACAUUUCCAUAUUCUGUGGAAAGGAGCGUUUAUCAAAUUACUCGUAGUUUUCGUUAAUCUAAAUAUUAUUGAAUACAAUUGUAAAUGAUAAUACCUGUUGUUAAGGGUAUUAGUUAAUUCAAGAGGUUUAAUAAAACCUUCAAUUCAGA